CACCCUCAGCCCCCACCCCCUUGGCUACCCCCACCCCAACCUCAGUCAUUUUCCGUGAUUGCUAGGCCGAAAAAUCUAGGAACGAGAAUUUCGUAUCAAGAAUCUCUCAAAAUAUACACGCACACACACAACUCUGCUAGCUCUUAGCUGGCCGUAAAUACUUAACAUAUGGAGUAUCUAUAUUAAAAAGAAACUUUCCAGAUAUUUUUCUUUCAUUCUCAUAGCAGAUCUUGCGGCUUUGACGAAGGGAUCUUCCAUUUCUAUUCAAGAAACCGAAUCCGCUAUCCAAUUUUUUUCAACAUUUUGGUUCAGUUCUAGAAAAGGAAACUUUCAACUGUCCGCAUUGACUUCGAUACAGUGAUCGUUCGGAUUUAGUGUUAGCAUUGAAAUUGGUAAAAUGGACGAUAGAGGAGAAUCGUUCGUAGCAGUUCGGAGGAUAUCACAAGGAUUUGAAAGAGGAAAUAGUACUACUUGCCAUUCUACUUCUUCUGAGGUUGUGGCAGGAUCAGCAGCAUGGCUUGGCAGAGGCCUUUCAUGUGUUUGUGCCCAGACAAGAGAUAUUGAUGCUCGUCCAUCAUUUGAUUUGACACCAGUCCAGGAGGAAUGCUUGCUAAGGCUACAAAACCGUAUAGAUGUUGCAUAUGAUAGUUCAAUUCCAGAACAUCAGGAAGCUUUAAGAGCAUUGUGGAAAGCUGCCUUCCCUGAGGAAGAACUCCAUGGUUUAGUAUCUGAGCAGUGGAAGGAAAUGGGCUGGCAAGGGAAAGAUCCAUCUACUGACUUUAGGGGUGCCGGAUUCAUAUCACUGGAGAACUUGUUAUAUUUCGUGAGAAAUUUCCCGAAAUCAUUCCAGGAUCUUCUUCAAAAGCAGGAAGGUGAUAGGGCAUUAUGGGAAUACCCAUUUGCUGUUGCUGGUGUUAACAUCACUUUUAUGCUUAUCCAGAUGCUUGAUCUAGAAGCUAUAAAACCAAGAAAUCUGGUCGGAGCAACUUUUUUGAAAUUUCUUGCAGAAAAUGAAUCAGCAUUUGAUCUGCUAUAUUGUAUCACGUUUAAGCUGAUGGAUAAUCAGUGGCUCGCCAUGCACGCAUCAUAUAUGGACUUCAAUACAGUUAUGAAGUCCACUCGUCGACAAAUUGAAAGGGAGCUUUUGCAAGAAGACAUAACACGGUUGGAAGAUUUGCCCUCAUACCGACUUCUUAGUCGAUAGUUUUUGUAGUCAUGACAUUUUAUAGUUUUUGUAUUCAUGACAUCUCGAAAAAUGGAAAUGAUUUUCAUGCAAGUUCUGUGACAUGCUUUGGUUUUGUUCUUACGUCGUGGUGUUCUAUGGUGUUACUCCCAGUUCUGUUAGAAUUGGAUGUUGCAUUUUGAUGCUAGGUUGUGGGUCUCUUCCUCGUUCACAUUGUGGUGAUUUCUUAGAGGUAAACAUAACAGGUUUCUCCAGUGCAUGUUCUUGGUAAUGUUAGAGAAAUUAUACUUUGUUCA